CCGAGACGCAACUGGAUCCCGGGCCCCAGCUCGAGUCGAAGCCCCAGCCAGAGUCCGCGGCGAGCGAGCCCGGAGCCGACGAGCCGCAGACGCAGCACAGCCAGGAUCGGGUCGCAGCCAGGGCGGCCGGGCCGGGCGUGCCCAGCCGCGGCCCCCGGAGCGCCCGCCGCGGUCCCCGCCUCCAUGGACGCCUUCAAGGGAGGCAUGAGCCUGGAGCGGCUCCCGGAGGGGCUCCGGCCGCCGCCGCCGCCGCCGCACGACAUGGGGCCCACCUUCCACCUGGCCCGCGCCGCCGAUCCCCGCGAGCCGCUGGAGAACUCCGCCAGCGAGUCUUCCGACACGGAGCUACCAGAGAAAGAGCGCGGCGGGGAGCCCAAAGGGCCUGAGGACAGCGGUGCCGGUGGCACCGGCUGCGGUGGUGCCGAAGACCCCGCCAAGAAAAAGAAGCAGAGGCGGCAACGUACGCACUUCACGAGCCAGCAGUUGCAAGAACUGGAGGCCACGUUCCAGAGGAACCGCUACCCGGACAUGAGCAUGCGGGAGGAGAUCGCCGUGUGGACCAACCUCACGGAGCCGCGCGUGAGGGUCUGGUUCAAGAACCGGCGAGCCAAGUGGCGGAAGCGCGAGCGCAACCAGCAGCUGGACCUGUGCAAGGGCGGCUACGUGCCCCAGUUCAGCGGCCUGGUGCAGCCCUACGAGGACGUGUACGCCGCCGGCUACUCCUACAACAACUGGGCCGCCAAGAGCCUGGCGCCCGCGCCGCUCUCCACCAAGAGCUUCACCUUCUUCAACUCCAUGAGCCCGCUGUCGUCGCAGUCCAUGUUCUCGGCGCCCAGCUCCAUCUCCUCCAUGACCAUGCCGUCGAGCAUGGGCCCGGGCGCCGUGCCCGGCAUGCCCAACUCGGGCCUCAACAACAUCAACAACCUCACCGGCUCCUCGCUUAACUCGGCCAUGUCGCCGGGCGCCUGCCCGUACGGCACCCCCGCCUCGCCCUACAGCGUCUACCGGGACACGUGCAACUCGAGCCUCGCCAGCCUGCGGCUCAAAUCCAAGCAGCACUCGUCGUUCGGCUACGGCGGCCUGCAGGGCCCGGCGUCCGGCCUCAACGCGUGCCAGUACAACAGCUGACCGCCCGCCGGGCCACGCGGGGCCACGGCGCGG